AUGGCAAGGUUAAGAAAUUGCUUACGCGGUGAAGCUAGGGAAGUAGUAUCGGCACUGCUGUUUACCGCGAAGGAUCCAGCAGAUAUUAUGCGAACAUUAGAGCAGUGUUUCGGCCGCCCAGAAGUAAUUAUCGAUCGCGCGUUAGAAGAAUUGAAACGCCUUCCGCGCCCGGGUCAAACCGCACAGGAAUUAAAUGCGUUCGCAAUAAAGUUGCAAAAUAUCGUGUGCAUUGUGCAAAACGUCGACGGCAAGGGAUAUCUGCAAAAUCCAAUGCUUACUAGGGAGGUAACGAGUAAGUUAAGCCCUCACUUACGGUCGCGUUGGUGUGAUUAUGCGGAGCACUACGGGAGUGCAGACGAGCCGGACAUCGUUACACUGUCCAGUUUCAUGAUGAGAGAGGCUGAUCGUGCGUUGAGUCAUGCCUAUACGUCCGUAGAGCCGACUAAGGAAUCGCCCGUAAGACGAGAGGCGCCGCCGUCGAAAAGGAUAGUGACACGCCGCGUAGAGAAUAGGGCUCGCGACGUAAAAACGUUCACCGCAUAG